AUGAAUCCGCAUCCAGGAGGACCACCGGGACCACCAUUUUUCAACGUACAUCCGGGCGGACCGCCAGGGGGACCGAUGCCAGGAGGACCAAUGGCUGGACCACUCGGAGUAGCUUUCGGACCAGUUCCACCAUUCCAUCCCCCCAACUGGCUACCUUCAGGAUGGACUGAACACAAGGCACCGGAUGGCAUGUCCUAUUUCUACAAUGCUACCACAGGAACGAGUUCAUGGGUUCGACCUACGAUGCUUCCUCCAGGAGGCCCAGGGAUCGCACCACCUCCGCCGCCCCCAGGAGUAUCACAACCACCGCCCGGUGUGCCAGGAUAUGUAAAUCAACAGCCUUUGCAUCCCCCAGGAGUAGUUCCACCACCCUUCACAGCUACUGUAACGAAGGAAGAGCUAGGGAAGGGCAAGAAAUCGAAGAAAGUCAAGAAGGAGAAGGCGAUAAAAAAAACACAAGUGUUGGAAUCGCCUUGGUUCAUCGUCGUGACAAAUCUGGAAAACACAUUUUUCUUCAACAAGGAGACCAAGGUUUCGAUUUGGGUACCCACGCCAGAAUUGGAGAUCAUACUAGCAAAGAUGGGUCAGGUUGAGACGGAAAAAUUGGAGGCGGAAAGAAAGGCCAAAGAGGAAGAGGAACAGGCACGUCUGCAGGCACUCAAACGCACCCACGAGGGCGACAGCGGUCAGGACUCUGAUAAGCGAUCAAAGAGCGAAGCCAAUACCAACCAGGGAACAGAAAUGACGGAGGACGAUGUGGCCUGGCAAUUGGCCGCUAUGGAAGGUAUGAUGGAUGAUCAGGACCAAGACCAAGAUCAGGAUAUGCAGAGCCAAGAUGAUGACGAAGAUGAUGACGAAGAUGACAAUGAGGCCGUGCGGGCACGAUUGCGCAUGCUUCAGGGAUCAUCGUCAUCUGGCUCGCAACCUGGCAAAACCGCGCCAGUACCAACGCUUGAUAUCUCUCCAGACAACGUCCAGGAGCGGGAGAUGGCUUUCAUCGAUAUGAUGCGCGACCGUGGAGUUACACAGUUCGAUAUCUGGGAAAAGGCGAUGGCCAAGAUCGAGCUCGACCCUCGUAUAUACCUGAUCCCGGACAAGAAGCAGCGGCAAGAGUUGUUCGAAAGCUUUUGUGUGAUUCGAGCACGAGAAAUCAAGGAAGCGAAGGAAAAGGAGAACAAGGAAAAGGAAGACAACGAGAAGGAGAACAGGGACGAUGGGGAUCGGAGGGAUAAGGAUAGGCGGCCUCGGGAGUCCAAAUCUUACUCGACCCCCUCUUCCUCCUCGACUUCAUCCAAACCCGAGGAUGUGUACAGGAAACUGGUUGAGGAUUAUACCACAAAGACAUCGACCUGGCUGGAUUUCAUGACGAAAUACAGGGUCGACCCGCGCUUCCUGGGACUCAAGCCUGGUUCGCUGCGAGAGUCGAUCUUCCGGCAAUACCUCUCGGAUUUAAAGAAGGGUAUUAUUCAGCCGAAGAGCAAGUCGCAUUCCUCGGACAGGAACAAGCGCUCGUCCUCAUCUUCGCGGUCUUCAUCUAAGAAAUACAAGGCAACCGAGGACGAAAUUGGUGAAUUUAUGAGCCUGCUGAAAGAGACGAAGAAGGAUAUUCUGCACGAGCACAAGCAUUCUUCUUCGGUAGAAUGGCGCAAGAUCAAGAAGCUGAUUGACCGCGAUCGGCGGUAUGAUGCUGUGGGGUCCUCGACAGAGCGGGAGCUGUUGUUCAGAGAGUAUGCAGAUCGGGUGAUCCAACGGCGGGACUAA